AUGAGAGAAAAAAUGCAAAGUUUCGAAGAAAAUUUUCUUUACGUGAAACUGAUACUGGCCUUGGAAAGUCACUAAAAAAGAUUAAAGAUGUAUUUAUAAAUGAUAAUGAACCAAAUAAAUCAGGUUUAUUUGGUAGUAAGAAGCCAAAACAUGGUACUUCAACAUCACCAGACUCUUCUACUGAUAACUUAACAAGAAAGUUUGUUAGUGAAGAAAAUUUGAAUCAAAGAUUUAAUAAUGCCGAAAAGAAAGAGAAUAGGCCAAAUGAAGCUUUAAGACAAGAAAUUCGUAAUAAUUUCGCACAUGUUAUGAACGAAAGAGAACAAAUAAUAUCAGAAUAUGACAUGAAUAAUAGCGGUGUUAAUAAUUCCAUCCAAAAUUUCACGACCUCUUCAGAUGAAAAUAUUACAUCAGAAAAUUCAUAUAAUAAGCAUCCUGGAAGUGAUUCUGAUAUUAUUGAAGACCCUGUAGUUCCCAGAAGUAAUGAGUCAAAAAAACCUACAACUGGUGUAUUGUAUGACAUUGAUGCAUUGAAACGUCAUGCCGAAAUGGUGUCUCGAUAUUCAAGUAACAAAAGGGAACAAUCUACAUCAUCAAGUCAAAGUUCGCAAUUAGUACGUACAGAAUCUAUAUCAUCAUCAUCAUUAGAUAAGAAAUCAUCCAAAGACAAUAUAAUAGGAAGCGCACAGGAUACUAUUACAACUAAUGAUGAACAAGAAAUCAUUGCACCAAAACUUGUAUUGGAAAUACCAAAUUCAAAUACAAAUUCGCAAACAUCGCCGCCAGUGCAACCAGUACAACCUGAUAAUAAUAAUAAUAAAUCAUUAACGAAUGAACCAGAAAGUAUACCAAGCAGCCCACCACCUUCACCUUAUAGUCCUGUUAGCUUGAUAUCACCAUUUAGUGAUGCACCAUCCGGAAGGGGUUCGCCACCACCAAUAUCUCCAAGAAAUCCACUAAGAAAUUCAAGUUAUGAAAAGAGACUUCAGAAAAAAAUGAUAGUUAAGCGAAAUGAUAGUACUGGAAGUAAUCAUAGUUCUGUUCCUACGACAUAUCCAUCACCUGAUAAUGAAGAUGAUGAUAAUUCAAAGAAAUCAAAGAGUAAAGUUAUAAGAAGAACUAUAAUAAUAACGAAACCGUUUUUACCACCUUUGCCAGAAGAUUUAUCACCCGGAGCUAAUUCAUCCACACCACCAUCACCCGGAAGUGUUAAAUUUGUCUCAUUAGUAAAUCGUAGGUUAACAAAAAAGAAAAUUAUACAUCUUGCAGCUGAUGGACGAAAAUGGUUCCAGUCUAAGCGGGGUAAAGAUAAUAAUUUAGAUGAAAAUAAUAAAGAAAAGGCAGGUAGAUUGUCACAACAAAGUUCAAUCAAUACAGAUGAUACAAAUGACACAAACAAUUUAGCCAUACCAAUACCCGAACGAAGUUCAUUAUACCGAUCACCAACACCGAUUCCAUCACCUAAUACGCGAGAUAGUGUAAUGAAUGUACCAUAUGGAAUUCCUAUACCACCAAUUCCAGCACCUCAUCGACAAAGUGUUUCUUCAAAAAGAACAAGUAAAAGUAGCACCUAUUCUUCGAAUAGUAAAUAUCGAAAAAGUAUUAGUGGAAAGAGUAAUUAUAGUGGUUAUGGAGAUAGUUUAUAUGACUGUUAUGAUUAUUCGGACCAAGAGGCUGCCGAUGAUGAAGGAGAAGAAGAAAACGGAUCAAAAAGGCACAAACGAGAUACAGGUACCGUAGAUCCUAUACAAUGGAGUACUAUUAAAGAUCGAGAAUUUGGAGAUGAAGAUGCCAUUUUAAACAAUAAUAAUAUGGAUGGUGAGAAUGUAAAAGAUACGGUGGCUUCAAUUGAGGGAAAUGGAGAAUUAUUAGAACAUCAACACGUUGAAGUUUUAGAAAUGACUAUACCACUGGAACCUGGAAUGAAUAAUGAUAAUGUUGAUUUGAAUGACAAUUCAUUAGUCAAAUCAGAUUCUAGGUAUAGUCAUUUAGAUUAUUAUUAUGAUACCAGUUUUCCAAGUCCAUUGCAUGUACCUGGUGUGAUGCCACGGAGAAAAUCACUCGAAAGUUCUAUGCCUAGUACAAGUAUAUAUUUUGCCAAUGAUAUACCUUUACCCAAAUUACUUGGAGAGAUGACAAAAGGAUUGGGGGGUGUUAAUUUAGAUAAUGGGAAUAAUCAUUAUGUUUAUGGUGGGGGGAUUGAGAGUGGUGGAACUGGUAUUGUUACGGGUAUGACUGUAGAGGAGCAUUUGGAUCAAGUGAUGAAGGCACUUGGAGUUGAUGAAAAAGAAAUUUUGUAUUAA